UCACAGCGCAGCACUCAUCGCCGACAAUCGAGUUCUAUUAGUUCGAUAAUGAGUUCGAAUUCAUACCGGAAUGUGAAUUUGGCUGCGUUGAAAAAAACAUUGAAUUUGAAGCCUGGGGAAGGUGAAAGAUCAAAUUAUGUGUGGGCGAUUAGAAGAAGUGCUGGUACGGCAUUUAACGAGAAUGGGCCUUCACGAUGGAAAUUGCCCGUGGGGAUCUUGCCUGUUGACAGAACGGCAUUGUAUGAAAAUUCCAACGGAAAAUACCUUCGUCUUGCUGGUGGUGUAGCGUCGAGAAAAAAGACCAGUGGGGUUGAGUUGAAGCACGGACACUUGAAGCCAAGAUUAUUAGCUGCAGAAAUUGACGAAGAUGACGAUAAUGGAUUACAACUUACCAGUAACACACCACCUAUAAGCACCCAUUCAGCCACCACUUCGCGUUCUGGCGGAAACAAAUCUUCUGAUUCCAACAAGGUAUCACGACAAAACUCACUUGCCAGAACAGUUACUGAUGCAUCCAUGGGUGGUGCAAGUUCUGAUUUGCAAAGCGAUAUCGGGUCUUCGAUUAAUCAAGACAAACGCGAUUCCGUGUCGACCUCGUCGAGCGAUAGUAUUGAUAAGUUGGCGUUUGUGACUGGCUUUUAUCAACAUAGAAGUUACAAACGUGGAGACGACGACAAAGAAGAGAAUGGUAGUGGUGAAACUGACAUUGAAGGUAACACCAUGCUGGAUUACAACCACCAAAGUUAUAGUGAUCUCACUGAUAUGGAUGGUUACGAGGAGCGCCCUAGACUUUAUUUGGCCAACCCUGACAAUGAUAGUGAUAGUGAUUAGUUUGUAAUUUAACAUUUAGCAACCGU